GUUUAUUUACUUUGACAAGUGAAAAGUGAGGUUAGAAAAUGGAUGCUCUGACAUUAGGUACACAAAGACUGGUGCAUUUGGAUCUAAAAGGGGCCCCUCCGAAACUAUGCUACUUUGAAAAAUUUUUUCCUUUGAUCAAAGAACUUGGGGCCACGGGAAUUUUGAUAGAAUGGGAGGACACGUUUCCGUAUACGCGCGAAUUAUUGCCUAUCGGCGGCCUUUCAAACAGUGCCCAGGUCAGCGGGGCUCCGUAUUCGAUAGAGGAAGCACGCCAAUUACUUGAUAUGGCUGCAGAUUUCGAACUGAGUGUCGUACCCCUUGUACAAAUUUUCGGCCAUAUGGAGUACGUCCUGAAGCACGAGCAGUGGCGUAAUUUGCGCGAAGUGGAGGCAUACCCGAGUUCGAUGUGCCCCAGCAACAGCGAAACCAUGGCUUUAGUGCGUAGCAUACUCAAGCAAAUUAUUGCGUUUCAUCCUGGUAUCCAGUACAUACACAUAGGAGCAGAUGAAGUUUGGUAUAUGGGGUUGUGCUCCACGUGCUCCAAACGUGUGAAUACUGGUAAAUACGGAAAGCCUGGACUUUAUUUAGACUACGUGACGGCCGUCGCACAAUACAUUAAAGAAAACUACCCCAAUUUAAAAAUAAUCAUUUGGGAUGACAUGUUGAGGAGUAUUGAUAUCCACAUUUUGCAGGAGUAUUACUUGGGGACGCUGGUUGAGCCUAUGAUCUGGCACUACAAUUCAGCUGAAACCUUCCACCUGGGGGCCCCCGUGUGGGAGAAAUACGGCAACGUUUUUUCGAACGUGUGGGCGGCCUCUGCCUUCAAGGGGGCCACCACCAGUAGCCAAAUCCUUCCAGUUAACAAGUAUCACGUUAGUAAUCAUGAAGCUUGGUUGAGCGAGUUGGGGCUGCACGCUGGGAAAAUUAUGCACUUUAAAGGGAUUGCCUUAACGGGGUGGUCUAGGUAUGACCAUUAUGCCACUCUGUGUGAAUUAUUACCGUCAGCAAUUCCGUCUUUGUCGUUGUGUAUGAAGAGCUGGCUAAAUGGGGGUUAUAAUCAAGAGUUGCACAAUUCUGUGGGGAAGAUGUUGGGCUACAACGAUAAUACAACGAAUUUUGGGAGUCCUAUUAAGUCCCCGGUUUUACCCCAAUUGAGUUUUCCGGGGUGGCAGAUUUUCGUGGGGAUGGAGUGGUUUGUUAAUUUGAGGACCAAGUACAAGAGCAUUAUAGACAGUGAUCAAAUGCAUUCCUGGUUCAACCAGUGGCAGGUCCUGAACAACUACACCAAUCCAAUGCAAGUUGACACUAUUCUCCCAGUGAUUGUGGACUUGUUAAAUGAACUCCUGUCCCUGGAAACGUACCUGAGAGGCCACUUGGAGCUUAUCUACUACCCGCACACCAUCGAGGAGCUCCUGGGCACCCUCAUCGACCCCAUCAAGGAGCACCUCAAGCAAAUCAAGAGCGACUGCGAGACCCAGCUCUCCCUAGGCUGCCGCGUCCGCGGACAAAGAAGACUAAACAUCUGAUUCCCCACACCCCACAAGACUUGUGAUAUCUAGAAAAUAAGCUUUAUUUUGUGUAAAAAGUGUAGUAUUUGUUGAAAUAAACGUUUUAUAUUUUG